AUGAACGAGUCUCAAAUGAAGAUUGAUCGACUUAUGGCACGUCUACAUCGCGGCAUAGAACGAUGCGAUCAGGUCGAACAACGUGUCUGUCAAACUGAAGAACGGUUUGGCAAACUCAACGAAUCUGUACAAACACUCUCUCGUUUGAUUGAUGUUACCUUUUUGAUUCUGAUUUCAUCCGAGAAGGAAAAAUUGACAUGGUUACAAUUGCCGAAAACGAAAAACAUCGAUUUGAAGAACUCGAUAUUGGAACAAUUUAUUUAUCGUCUGGAAUUGUAUUUAAAUCGAACGAUUACUGAUACUGAUGAAAAAUGUGCAUAUAUUCACACAUUAUUUCUUCUCCAAUCGCUAUCGAUUGUGUCAUCCCGUUUAUUUGAAUAA